UCAAAUACAAUCUUUAUACGAAUUUCCCUAGCCAUCUUGACCUUUUUGAUAUUUAUUAUUAGACAUAUUUAUAUUGUUUUUCUCGCUUUACAGAGAAAUGGACGAUUACAUACCUGCGCCGGACCCGACGUCGCUGCUACCUUCGCUCCUUGCAUGUCUUCCCGCCGGCUUUGCGUCUCCCCGGCCUCCUCCAGUGCUGCUUCCUCUCCUCUCGCCCAUUCUUCGGCAACGUGUUCAGCUCUUCAGUUCGGUAUCUCCAUCGUCUGCAGAUUCUUGGAUUCGGCUGCUCUGCUGGAAUGCUAGCAGAGGGGAGCAGAUCGAGCGCAUCAUCGGAGGAGCCUCUUUCGAACCCCACCCCGUUUCUGGGGAGAUAGAGAUCCCUGAUGAUAUUAAGACACGAUACAAGCGUGUUGACGUGGAAACAUUACGUGCACAAUUUCCAUUACCAGAUUACAAUCUUGCACCCAUAUAUGUUUGGUGUCCAGGCGACCAGGAAGGUGGUGGUCCAGGCUGGAGAGUCGCGGAGGUUUUGCCGCUUGAUUCUCUCCAGGAUGAAGGACACACGUGGUUUGGCUCGAUUGGAGAAGCGAAUGCGUUCCUGCAGGAUACCGUGCUGGAAGAAGCUCUGAAAGGCACGUGGGACGCGCUCAGACCGUACAACGAUAAUAACGAGGGCGAAGGCGAAGGCGACGGCGACGGCGACGGCGAUGACGAUGACGAUUAUUGGGCACAGUACGAUGAUAACCUAGGGAGGACACCCGUGAGAAAUCAGACGCCCUCCCGAGAUAACUCUCGCAUCAAGCGGCUACGAGAUACGUCUGACGAUUCUUAUUAUAACCGUUAUGAUGAGGUCCAGCCUGCGAUGGACAAUGAUGAUCCGUCGGUGGACCCGAAUGAAGUUGGAGAUUCAUCACUGAACGGUGACGCAGUUGCUAGUGUCCUUAGGCAGCAGAUAGAACGCAUCGCCCAUCAGAACGGCAGGUCACGCACUCCGCCAGCAGUGAGCGAUUUUGCAGUUUCUCUGAGCCAUCCAAGGCCGGAAUCCGCCUCUUCACAGGGGUCAGAUGCUAUUCUGAGACUAGAGCGGACCGCAGAGAACCAAUCUAUGGCUGAAAUGGGAGUGCGCGAAUACAUAUCUUCCAAUAUUACAAAUUUAUACCUCUUGGCGAGGUCCACCGGGAUCCCAAGGGAAGAAUUUGGGAACCUCGUCCGAAAGGAAUUGGAUCGAUUGGAAUACACUGGCUUUGAACGAACCACGGCCCUCUGAACCUACCUAUCACUAACAUACCGCGGCGAAAUAUUGCGACAGCAUCUUGAACAGUACGGUACAUACAUUUUAGAUGGCCUUAGCGGGAGUCACUUUUCCUUUUGAUUUUUUUUUUUUUUUUUUUUAAUAUAUAUAGGAUAACGGCAGGGUAUGCUCAUGAUGAUAAAUGUUAACAAUAUCACCGGGUAAAUACCCUCUCUACCAUUCCA